CACCUUGUCUACGCCCUUUCCGAUACCGCAACGGCCGUCAGAGUUGACAGCAAAACACCGGGCCGCUAUUUUAUAUUAAAUAAACAACUACAGACUAACACACUCGUGGCUGAACCAAAACAGAACCCUCAAAUAUGAGUUAUCCGUGCAACGAUGUUGGACGGCUUCAAAGGACACAUUCACCAUCUCCGGAUGGUGGAUCUGAGGGAAGCGUGCUUCUAAACUCACCACGUCCCUGGCCUGCACCUUCUGUAGCCUACGGACCCCACCAGAUGAAGAUUCAAUGUCCAUAUUGCGCCAUGCACGUUAUGACCGACAUCGAGUACAGCGCCGGCAUGUUCAGCUAUGUUGCCGCGUUCAUCUUAAUGGCUAUGGGCUGUUUUUGCGGUUGUUGUUUCCUUCCGUGCUGCUCAGCGGGUUUUAAGAACGCUGAACAUCGCUGUCCAAAGUGUAAUAACUACCUCGGCAUAUACCACCGAUGCUAAAGGUCCUCAGAUCCGCUACACGUCGAGUCAGAUCGUGUCGAUCGCCCACGACAAGCUUCAUAAAGAAUCUCGUCUGAUUCGCCUGUGACACAGUGGUUAAAAUCUGAUACGCGGGAACUGAUCGAGAAAUCGCCUCUAAUGGUUAACACCAUCGUAGUCGAAUCUUUUCCUAGAUAGGUCCUCAUGGCCGCGAUUGAGACCUACGACUUACAUCUACAAUAUCGGAAUGCCAUCUCGUUACAGACGGACGGGAUUAUCUAUCUAAAUCUGAAUCGAGGGUAUAUAUUUAAUAGCUUCUGACGCUAUACAUAAAGUGAGCUUUUAGUCUCUCUGGAGAACGACAAAUGUCAUUGAGUUAACGUUGCUUUUCUUCUUUAAAUCCAUGUAGAAAAUUGUGCUCUUUACGACCAUCCGUAUUUACGUUGUCUGCUAGCUACACAUAAUACUUGACGUGUAACAUUAAGAUCAGCAUUGAACUAACGAUCUUUUUUACGUGAAUGAUUGCCUGGCUUCAAAGGAUUUUCAGAGCUAUUUGUUAUAGCCGAUAAUGAUUAAUGGGUCACACAGCUCACGAAGCCUGUUUUGCUAGAUCCUCGGUGAAUGGGUAACACACUUUUUUUUGUCGUAGAUAAAACACGUAGAAAGAAUUACAAUAUUUAUUUUAUAGAAUAUCAGCAUCUACCGGCCGCUUUGGUCUGUAAUCUUGAAUAAUAUUGGCACUCAUUGUUUAGGAACAGUAAUUAGGUGACUUUUCCGUUCAGCAUUGACUGUGGAGAUGGUAUUGUCUGGUAUAAUAGACUAACGUAGCAGGCCAGGCAACUUCAGCAGCAUUCGGUUACACGGUGUAUCCAGAAGGGUGGUGACAGAAGUUGUGAAUUCGGAAUAAAGAUAUCAACUUGAAGGCUUUGGGCCUAAACCAAACACCAACCAUAGGCGGUCCUGAGCAAUUUCUAAAGUGUAAUAGUUAAAAAUGUUUCUGGUGUUUUUACGUAACACGUUAGAGAUGAAGAGCUUGGUAAAUAAACAAUAAUUGUAGAUGAAUGGCUAACGGAAUUUCCGAUGCCGAGCUCCUUAUGGCACCUUGUAAUUUUCAAUUUGGGAAUAUUUGCUAUACCGUGAUAUUGACGUUGAUGUUGGCUAUUGGGCAAUAUGGUUUAGGUAAUGUCUAUUCCUCAGUUGUAUCAUAUAGACUAUCCACUUAGCAAACAAGAUAGCAUCUUUAAUCGAAACCCUUUGCAGUACUUAUACUGGAUAUCUGAAGGUCCCCGUUCAUCUAUCAGUACGACAGGUUGCUCUUCGCCGACGUUCUUACUAUAAGGACAUGUUUUUUACAACCCACUUAAAACGCCAUUGAUGUUUGGCUGUUUACAUACACGUAUUUGCAGCAGACAUUGCCGACUAUAUUUGCACACCUAUGUACCUGCAUGGUGAGUUUGGUAUCUAUUUUUAGAAAUUCAUCAACCUACGGUAGAGGGUACCAUCGCAUAAGAGCCGCAAAAUCAGUUAGCCAAAACCCCCUUCCCUCUUUCACGGAACUCACCAAAUGGAGGUUACAGGUCCACGUUGAGGUGGGCAGGUCAGAAGUGGGUAUUACCACGAAGAAAUGUACAACCUAAGCAUUGAACGCAUAUCUUUUAUGUACUGAAUUCGAAACGUGCUUCAUUUGAUGAACAUUUGACUUAGCAUAUUACGUACACAAUCUUUUUGGAGAAUCGAAAAAUCGCUUCGUCAUUUUUUUAAGUGCUCUCGAAAACUUCACGCAUCUAAGCGACAAAAUGACCGAAUUUUCUCCACGAUACUGAUACAAGCCCACAGUCACGUGACAGCACAACAACUUCAUUCACCCGCAUAUGAACAAUGCAAUAGCUUAUAUAAAUAAAUAUAAAGAACAAUA